AUUUAGAGGGCUUUAGCUUAAUGUGUCGUGUAAAACCAACAAAAGUGACUGCCCAUCCAUAACCCUAAACCGACCCCUCACUUUCUUAUUCCAUUUGGUCUUCAAUAUUUUCUCUGCUAUAUAUCUUUGUGGGCUCGCCAUAAGCUUCCCUCCUCUGCUGUAAUUGAUCAUGUCAAGAAUAAUAUUUGUCAUAUAAUAUUGUAGCUAGCUACCUUGUCAAACAUAAAGCAGCCUCCGUAAAACGUUGCCAUGGAUGAGUAUGGAGAUGAAGCAAAGAGUACUACCUGCCCUCGUGGACAUUGGAGGCCGGCCGAGGAUGAAAAACUCCGGCAACUUGUUGAGCAGUACGGUGCCCAGAACUGGAACUCCAUAGCUGAGAAGCUUCAAGGAAGAUCAGGGAAGAGUUGUAGGUUGAGGUGGUUUAAUCAACUAGAUCCGAGAAUCAACCGAAGGCCGUUUAGUGAGGAAGAAGAAGAGAGGCUGCUAGCAGCACAUCGCAUUCAUGGAAACAAGUGGGCACUGAUUGCAAGACUGUUUCCAGGCCGUACUGAUAAUGCUGUGAAGAAUCAUUGGCAUGUUAUAAUGGCAAGAAGACAAAGAGAGCAGUCCAAAGUUUGUGGGAAGAGAAGCUACCAAGAUUUCUGUAAUGAUCACUCAUCAAACACCUCCUCAAUUUCCAACAAUUUUGAUGUAAGCAGGAAAUUUAAUUCUCAAGGGGAAUUGAGAUCUUCAUCAUCAAUUGGGUUUGAUCAGAAUAGUAGCACUAAGUUCUUCGAAUUCCGAAAUCCAAAUAAAGAUAGGACAACAAUGUUCAUGGACUCAAGGCAUACUAAUUCUUCCCCUUACAAUUGGAACUUUGCUACAAUGUCAACAACCUCAAACAACGUCGCAUCAUCUUCAGUUGGUUUAUUGGGAAGGGAAAGAAGAGAUUACUUCAACAAUGUUAGUUCUAACAACAACAUUCCCGGGUGCUCGAAAGGUUCGGAUCAUCAAUUCGUUCAUCGGAGAAAUAACCCGACUACUUCUUCAUUCAUGUAUGGCAGCUAUAUAGGUUCCACUAGUGCAUUUGGGCUUCCAAAUUACAAGAGGGUUAAUGUUCCAAGUCCUUUUGGGUGCCUCGGUCUUGGUGAUCACAUUAAUCGUCCUGAGCAACAUGGAAGGACAUUCAAGAAAGAGUUGGCUAAUUUUUGUGACAAUGCAUCGACAUUGGCAAAAUGGAGGGUUGCAGCCACAACUAAAUUUGGCGACCAUGAUUGCCAAGAUCACGAAUCGAUCGAUCAUCACAAGGAAACUCCCUUCAUUGAUUUUCUUGGUGUGGGGAUCUCUUCUUAAUAAUCGUGCACCAAAUUAAGCACAUUUAAUUUAAUCUUUCUCUUUCUAUCUAUUUUGAAACUUUCUUGUAGUUUAAGAGGGAGAAGGGCAUGCAGAUGUUUAGGAUAUAUAUGUAAUAGUUUUAAUAUAUUAUGACCUAUACAUACUCUCUAGUAUGUAGUUGCAAGAAUCCAAA